AUGUCCCAGUCGGAUUGUGGCCUUGGCACAUCGAUUGAUCGAUCCAAUCGAUCCAAUCGAUCCAGUCGGGCUCAGCUUGUCUGGAGCGUUACUGAUGGAACAGAUGGGUCAAUAAAUCUGAAAAACUUGACGAUGGAAGUGGCUCCCGAAAGUCAAUGUGGCGAGAACGAUACCGAAUUGGUACUUUCUACCGCGUCGGAACUACCUGAUAAGGCUUGGAUUUUCAACUUUCGUUUUGGUCGACUGGGUCAAACGCCAAACGAUAACGGGAUGUUCCAAGCGGAAUUGAUCCAGAUCAAAUUCAAGACAGACGCCAAAACUCUUCCGGACGUAAAAGAAGGGGUCGAUAUUACACUAAAUUCCACGGAAACAUGGGGCAAAGCACCGAUCGCCUCGUACUAUCAUUGUAUGGCACCGAAAACCACCAAACUUACCUCUUCCAGUCAACCAGUAAACAGUGUCAAUAUGCGGCUCACGAAUGUCAAACUGCAGGCAUUCACAUUGACAAAAGAACCCAAAUUUUCUGACAAGGAAACUCUGUGCACUGAGGAUCAAACCCCAGACAACACGGUUCCCAUCGCCGUAGGGGUUGCGCUGGCUGUCUGUAUUGUGAUCGCCCUGGUCGUGUUCAUCAUAUUCAAUCGACGCAACCGACGCCAAUACGGAUCGGUAUAG